UGUGUGUGUGAGAGGAAUACCCAGCUGGUCCCACAAGCCCUAUAAUACCAAGCACAACAUGCUUUACCUUCAAUGAAAGCUGAGACGGGGGGACGGUUGACUGCUGGUCCUGAAAUCAACUCAGAGCUCGGAUACAAAACCAGGAACGUCACUGUUUUAGCAGCUUAGUUCUCCCGCAUCUGCCCCAUUACACCUUUUGCUGUGCGCCGGAACUUUUAUCAUUUACUGACUGUAGUACGUUUAGACCUGUAACUCAUCAAAAGCAAAAAGAGGUAACUUGGAUAACGCUACACUUUUUUUUUCUGCUCACCCUCCUCUCUUGCUGUGACUGGUGUCAAAGGUGAUGGUAUCAUUCUUUUACAGAGGACUCAUUCUCAGGUGAUGGUAUGUCUUCUGGGAGAUAGGAACCAUUUUUGGAAACGUGCUAGGUUUUCCAGAACUAUUAUUUUUUCUGCUGCUAUUUUUGCUUUGGCUCAAGCAUGGCUCUCUACUCUCGAUUUGUGCUCGUGCUGCUUUAUGGAUGGAGUUAUCUGUGCGUUGGAUACUGCGCGAUGCUUAAAACAGACAAUUUCCCCGAGAGGCAAAAGGUGGAUUUUACGCAAUCGGUGGAUAAAAAGCACCUCACGAAAGACGACCAGGAUCUGCUUUUACAGGAUACAAUGACGGAACACAUGCAGAUGCUUUACGCAAAGUACAACCGGGCUGGAUUUCCCUUCAAAGACGGCAACACUGUCCGCAGCUUCAAAGCGCACUGGGGUACGAUAAACAAGAAGCAGCUUCAGAUUUUCAACCUCACUUCCGUCACCAAGUCAGAAGACGUUCUGUCAGCCACUCUUCAUUAUUACAUUGGAGACCUUCAGAACAGCACCCAGGGCUGUUCUAGGUCCAAAAGCUGUGGUCGCCAUGGCCCUCGGAGACACAGCCACAUCCACAUGGUCAUCUGGAGUUUCGCCUCUGUAGAUAACAAGAUGAGGACUCUAGGACACUUUCGGAUCAAUGUGUCCACCCUCUACAGGGACUUCAUAUCUUGGCAGUGGAAGGACAUAACUCGUGUGGUCAACCAGGCCAAAAACCAUGAUGAGCUGCUUAUUGGAAUUGAUGUAGCUUCACAAGGUCCCCAGCCGUGGAAGAAGCUCCUGUCGGACCGCUCACCCUACAUCCUGGUCUAUGCCAAUGACUCUGCCAUUUCAGAACCUGAAAGCGUGGUUGCCACCCUCCAGAGACACCACCCGGUAGGUGGGGAAGGUUCUGUGUCACACAGUUUCCAUAAACUGGGACUGCGUGAGCGAAACCACACAGAACAAGAACAGCCCAGACACAAGCGUUCGGUUAACGUUCUGCUCCCGCUGCAAAACAAUGAACUUCCUGGGCCCGAGUAUCCCUACGAGACAACUGGGUGGGAUGAGACGAGUCCAUAUGAACCUUUCGAAAACAAGCAGGCCCGUCGGCCACGUAAAAAGACACGCAAGAAUCAGCGGCACAAGAUGCCUCUCCUGCAGUUUGACGAGCAGACGAUUAAAAAGGCACGAAAGAAGCAGUGGAACGAGCCCAGGAACUGUGCUCGUAGAUACCUGAAAGUGGACUUCGCUGACAUUGGAUGGAGUGAAUGGAUUAUAUCACCUAAGUCGUUUGACGCCUACUACUGCUCAGGGUCCUGCCAGUUCCCGAUGCCAAAGGCUCUGAAGCCCUCUAACCAUGCCACCAUCCAGAGCAUAGUGCGGGCAGUGGGUGUCGUCCCAGGCAUCCCCGAGCCGUGCUGUGUCCCAGAGAAGAUGUCUUCCCUCAGCAUCCUCUUCUUUGAUGAAGACAAGAACGUGGUGCUGAAAGUCUACCCCAAUAUGACUGUAGAUUCAUGCGCCUGUAGAUAGUUUUUUUUUUUCCUUCAAUGCCUGUUCACAUAAAACUCAUGUCAUACAGAAAAGAAAAACAACAACACAUGCAGCCAAAGAACAACACUCUCUCCUCCUGUUUCUUUAGUCAUACACUCAUUCACUCACAAACACCCAUUGAACGCAACUUACCUUUUGCACUGGAGGAGAGUACUUCCUGUUGUUCCAGGUGAAGAGGAGACCAUUCUGUUCUUGGGAAGGAAUGGAUCAUGUGAGUUAUCUAUGUGAAAGAUAACUGGAAUGGAAAAUCAAAUCUCCAUGCUCCAAUUUCACUUCUGGCACCACUGUUUAUCUUCAUGUCUUCACCAUCGCUGCUCAGUUCUCUUUUGGGCAAUAGCAGGGUAAAUGCAAUCAUAAACUCACUAUCAAGAAAUACAACUACCAAUGAGGCAUAAGAGAGACAAAAACUGAAGGAAAAAUCACCUUUCAGAAAAAAUGACCUUUGAUGCCUCUGGGGGGGGGGGGUUGGGGGCGUUCAUAUCUUUCUCUCCUUCAUAGCUUGAAGUUGUCUUUGGUCAUUACCACAAAGUCAGACUCGCACUUGCAUGGUUUUUGUUACUAUGUGUAUGUAUUUAUGUCUGUACUAUCACUGUGUUAUUCACUAUAUGAGAAGUUAUUGUAUAAUUAUUGGCUUGGCUGCUAUAGAGAGAUAUAUUAGAUUCCAAAGCCAGAAUUAUGAUGUAGGCGGUACAAUAGAUAGCCAUACAUAUUUGUGUUAGAUCACUGCUCCAUUGUUGUACAGAACCCACAUUUUAAGUUUAUUAUAUGCGGAAGAGUAAGCUACUUUUCAUUUGUGGUCUUCAGUAACAUUUGGAAUGGGGAGUUUUUUUUAAGGAGACCCAUUAUGCUAUUGCUUUGCCAAGAAAAUGCUCAAGCUUUACAAAUAAAGGUUUAAUUUAGAAAGAUAAAGGGAUAAAGCAUAUCAAAAGGAGAAACUACUAUGUUUAUGAUACAAGGGCUAUCAACAUUUUUUUUUAUUACAAGUGUCAAACUACAGGGCACUAAAAAGCAACUUGAUGUUUGUGUGGAACUCUUGAGGCCUUUGUGACCUGAUAAGUUCACAAAGAAAUCAAAUAAGUCAUGGAACUUGGCAGGCAUCAAGGAUUAAUACUAGUGGUUUAAGUGAGUCUGAUAUCAGGCUGAACCUUGUUUUUUGGCAUUUUUAAAGUUCAAAACAUGUUGCCAUUACAUAAUGUUUAAAAUUAUGUAUCGUAUUUACAGCAUAGAAUGACAUUUAUGAAGAAUAACUAUUAUUGCUGCCAGAAUGCUUCAAGAAAUCUGUUUUUAUCAACUGAUAUCAAAGUCAGUAUCAAGUCAAUAUACACUGCUGGUCUGGAAUCAGUUUUCCGUUGCAUAUCCUUAAGGCUCAUUAUUUUAUUUUUUUUUCUUUUAAUUGUAAGUGAUAAAUUGCUGUAUUUUCUUCUUCUGGUUGAGAGGGGUUGAAAAUCUGACGUACAGUAAUGGGGGUGGAAAGAACAAUGUUUUUUUGCGAAUAGAAAGUAUUUUUUCAUCUGAUUUUCAAAUUCUCAUUAAAAAAGAAAAUAAAAGCCAAAAAUUAUGACCAAUACAUAUAAUAUAUUGAAUGAUCAUGGAGAGCUGAUCUGUUUUCCUAGGUCGCAUAAGCCUUUAAUAUUACUGUAUAGAGUAGAUUUUACAUAAACCAUUAAAGGGUGUGUUAUUUUAUCACAUGUACUUUGCGUCAGGUCAACAGGUUGAAUAUUAGGCACACUUGGAAGAGCAGUUAACAUGUCAUAAUGUUGCUUUGGGUUGCGCAUUAUUGUCAGAGUUCAUAAAACCAAAUAUUUAUUCAGAGCAAAUAGACUGAAAUAUAGCAGCAAGCUUUUUACUGUAGACUUGUACAUUGUUUUUGUAUAUAGCUCACUAUAUGCUGAUGACAUUCUAAUGUCCUUUUCAGAUAGAAGUGCCUUUUGAAUGGGUGGAUUUCUGCUUUUCAAGAAGUUUGAUUUGAUUCAUCGCCUGUUCAGGGGGGCUGAGUUAUUCAGAGAACUGAGCUCAGUUUGCAAUGAAGCUGAAGUCAAAGCAAACAGCUGAGAAUAUCUUUUAUGGUACAAAAUAGUCUACAAUGAGUGAACAUAGUGCAUAUACUUAAAAAAACAAAAGUAUGAUUGCCAGUGGAAUUCAUUCGAAAAUGUAUUGCAAAUAAGUCGCUAUUUUGAUAUUUCAGAGACAUUUAUUUUGUGUCAAUAGCUAAAGGCAGAUUUUUUUUACUUUAUAUAUUUUGUACUGACACUUUUUUUUCAGUUUGUGCCUCCUCAUCUUGUGUCAAUACAGAUUUUAGCAAUUCAUGCUGUAGAAUGGAGUCGCCUUCUUAUGAGUCAUUUUUGGGGCCUUUGCUUUUGUUCCAUUUGAGAAUCAACCCAUGUCUAAACUUCAGUGCAAGUUUACAGUGCAGUAUAUCAGCAGGUUAUAAAAGCUUACUCUACUUCACUGUUCAAGCCUAUCUUGUAAAUGUUAUGUUGUAGGUAAAAAAAAAAAAAAAGAAAAAGAAAUGCUUGUACAAUAAGCUUCAUAAAAUAUAUUUGUAUAUGGAAAUGACCUUUAACAUGCAUCUAUUUAUUUUCUGUAUGUUGCAUAUCUUGUAGAGGUGUGGUCUGGGAAAGGGGGAUAAAAGCUCUGACAUGUCGAUGGUCUUUAUGUCUGUGAUGGGCAAUUGUCACUACUGAUGUGAAAGCGCGGUGAACUGUUUAAAGCUCUCCCCUCCUCUGAGCUCUGACCAUCCUUACAAAGCGUUCAAAGAAAUGAAUAAAAGUAUGCAAGACUCA